UUGUCUUCCCUCUUCCGGUGUUACCGCCCUUGGCUGGACCGAAACCACACAGACACACACAGGCAGGAGACGGGUCGCCGCAGUCACUUGGAAGUCUGGUGCUUCUCGGAGUUUUUACCCAACAACGUGUCUUUUAACUCGGAUAGCCUGUCCUCCCUGAUCUGCUGCAGAAAGUGUGAGCAGGAACAGAGUGGCUGCCGUUUGCUUUUCAGUGUUGCCUAGCAAGCUUUAGCCGCCAUGGCUGUGUCAUUUAAGAAGGACCUUAACAAGUACAAGGAUAUCGAUGAAGAUGAAAUCCUCAGCAAGCUGUCGGAAGAGGAGCUCAAGCAGCUGGAGACGGUCCUCGAGGAGGUGGAUCCUGAGAACGCUCUUCUUCCAGCCGGUUUACGGCAAAAAGAUCAGACCAAUAAGACGGCAACUGGAACCUUCGACAGGGAGCGGCUGCUCAAAUACCUGGAGAAGGAAGCCAUGGAGUACAAGGACAGAGAUGAUAUUGUGCCCUUCACUGGGGAGAGAAAAGGUAAAGCUUUUAUCCCGAAGCAGAAACCAAAAGAAUCCUUCCAGGAAGUAGCCACGACCCUUGACCCAGAAUUAGAAGAGGCGCUGUCCAGUGCCACAGAUACAGAAUUGUGUGACCUAGCAGCUAUUCUGGGCGUGCACACGCUUGUCACCAGCAAUCAGACGUAUGAUGGAACUGGAAGUAAAGAGGGAUACAACGAUGUGAUCAAAGGCGAGAAGAUGAACCCUGUGUUCGAUGAGCCUCCCAACCCCACCAAUGUAGAAGAAACCCUCCAGAGGAUAAAAAACAAUGACAGCUCCUUAACCGAGGUCAACCUUAACAACAUCAAGAACAUUCCCAUUCCCACACUGAAAGACUUUGCCAAAGCAAUGGAGAACAACACGCAUGUCACAAAGUUCAGCCUGGCAGCGACACGGAGUAACGACCCAGUUGCUGUGGCAUUCAGUGACAUGCUGAGAGAAAACAAGACGCUGCGAAGUUUGAACCUGGAGUCGAAUUUCAUCACAGGAGCAGGAGUGCAGGCUUUGGUGGAUGCAUUGCUAGAUAAUGACACAAUCACCGAGAUCAAGAUAGACAACCAGAGGCAGCAGCUAGGCACCACCACAGAGAUGGAGAUUGCUAAAAUGUUGGAGAAGAACAACUGUAUAGUGAAGUUUGGCUACCAGUUCACCCAGCAGGGACCUCGGGCCAGGGCUGCGGCAGCCAUCACCAAGAACAACGACCUCGUCCGUAGGAGGCGAGUGGAGAGGGACCAGUAGGGACAGCGCUUCCUUUCUCCGAGCCAAUUCUCUUGUUCAUCUCAUCGCAUGGAUUAAGUUCAGCCGUUGCCCUGGUCUCAUCUCACUGUGUGGAUGUUCUAGUCCUGUGCCAAACUGUGGGGGCAAGGCAUGCUCUACCUGAACAGUACAUCAGAGAAGAAGAAGGGGAAAUAACUGGAAUCGCCCGCUCUCUUUCCACAUGUUUCUUAUGUUUGUUAUUGUUGUAAAUCUCAUUAGUUUUUAAACGUGACAUUUCAGCUGCUCUUAUUUUGAGCCUUUAUAUGACCUGUCCCUCCUUUUACAUGUUUCUUUCUUUUAUACGACGCUGUAAAACACGUGAAGCAGUCAUGCGCAGCAGGGAGUAGUAACAUUUGGAGAGGUGUGCCGUCCUUGAUCAAAGCGUCAUGUUGAAACAAUGCGUGAAGUUCAUGGUUAGCUCUGAUGACUCCUGGCUCUAAUGAAGCAGAAGCAGCAUGAGGCAGCACAGACCCUGCCAUUUGCAGGUGUUGUUUAAUAAAAGCCUCUUGUAAAGCUGGUAUGACCGGACCUGGUGUCAGUCUGAACUGAAUAGACAGGAUUAUAUGUUAAAGUCACACAGAUAACCUGGGUUUAUCCCCUGCUGUGAAAUAUAUACUGUAAUUAUUGUUUGUUCUAAUCAAACUAAAGUCCUUAUUUUGAUACAGUUGCUAUUUUAAUGUUAAUUAUGUUGAUCGAAAGAAUAAAAUUUGGAUGAGAAUGUUUAGGAUCAAUCUAAAGGGGGCCUUUUUUUGCAGAAAAGAGUAGAAAAAUGUCGGUAAUAAAGGUUUAGAAGCUCAGACAUGCCAAAGACUAACACUCACAGUAGAUCACACGGUUUUAACCCCACAGUGCGAAUCUGAGGAACAACUACAACAACAACAAAAAAUCUUGUUUAAAA